UGGACUUGCCCUACCCCAGCUGGUAAAAAUUUACAUCACUGGCAGAUCAAGAUGGCGGAAGAGUUGGAAGAGAUUGAAAUAGGCAUCGAAGAAAGAUUAGAAGAAAUCAACAACUGGCUGCGAAAUGAAGGAUACGAGAAGUACAAAGAAGCAAGACGACUCUCAGAGGAGGAAGCCCAAGAAGAUCCCGAAACAGAUCCGUUUAAGUCAAAGUACGUCGCAAGAAAUUUGUUAUCGGAGUUGAAGACCAAACUGGAAUCUUUCCAAGAUGACGACAGUCCUAGCGAGAAAUUGAAGAUAUUAAUGUCUGCUCUUGAUUACCAGAUCGGACAGAACUACAUAGAAACCGAGGAACUGAGCACGGGGGAAGAACACAUUGAACGGUGCAUUAAAACUCUCGAAGAGCAUCGUCUAGAUAGAAGAUGUUGUUCCAUUUACUUGCAUGCCUUGAACGAACUUGGAAUUUUGUGGUCGAAAAGAGGUGAUUCGGAGAAAGCUUUGGGGUUUCUUCAGGAGGCAGAGAAGUUAUAUCAUACCUUUACUAAAGAAGAAGGGGGCGCACCUUAUGAAAUCCAUGAGUAAGUAGAAUACUUGUCCAGUUUUAAAGGUGUGAUAAUUCCUUAAAAUAUUAUGGUUACAGAGUCAACCGUGGCUUAACUCUUCUUAAGCCUUUUGCUCCCAGAAUGGCCAAAGUGAAAAAAAGCCAAAUUUUAUUUUUUGGAAUGCUGAAAAACAAAUUGCACCAUGUGAAAGAGGUUUGAUUCCAGUAGACCUCUUUACGGUUGAGAGGGCAUGCUGGGUAAUCAGGACAAGAUGGUGGAUAAAUCAGAAGUUUGUUUGCGAAUACAAAGUUAUUUAAUUUUUGCUCAUUGAAUAUAUUUGUCACUUUCCCUUUGAAAAAUGUAACUAAUAAGGUUAAAGAAACUACGCACUAAAUCUGGAGUGCAUAGCUGUCCUUUGUUGCUUUUAGAAAACCGGAUUUCUUCCAUACCUUUUCUGUAAUCCCACAACACAAAAAUUACAGAAAAUGUAUGGAAGACGUCAAUUUUUCUAAAAAGCAACACAGGACUGCUGUGCACUCCACAUUUAGCAGGGUUGUCAAAAAUAGCCGGCUGCAGGCUAAAAUCGCUGCCUACUUGGUUAGUAUGGGCUGGCUACUCUGUUUGGCAUUUCUUUACGGAUGGCGUUUUUUAAAUAAAAUAUCCCUGGACUGGUUAAGAAACAUCUUCUGAAAACUAUGUGUCACUUACAGUUGUAGAUACUAUGAAAAAUGCCACCAAACUCAAUACAUUGCUUGUGCUGCUUUGCUUGAAAAAUCUCAGUAAUUCGUAAAUGUCAACGCACUUGAUAUUUACGCCGCUCACUUUUAAUGCCUACACGCGGUAAUUCACCUUAUAAUUCACUUUAGAUUUUCAGUAAUUUUGGAGACAAAAAAGCCUGGAGAGUGCAAAAAACAGCAUUUCAGAGUGUCUUAAUAUAAAAAUUUUCUUGGGGAGCAUGCCCCCAGACUCCCCAGAGGCUUGUGUCUCCUGCGCUCAGCAGCACCUCCAGAGCUUGCUGCUCACUUUGACAACUCAGCUGUCUACUUCAAAACUUUCUGACAACCCUGCAUUUAGUGUAUAGUUUCUUCAAGCUCAUUAGUUUAAGUCAGUGCAAAGAGAAAGUGAUGAAUAUAUUCAAUCAGGAAGAACUCAUUGACUUUGAAUUCCCAUACAAACUUUGGAAUUCCCCACCAUUAUGUCCUGAUUAUCCAGCAUGCCCUCACAACUGUAAAGGGGUCUAUGGUCACAUGGUAGCAUUUUGUCCACAGAACUCUACAGCUAGAACAACCUUACGAGACUCUUUCUCUUACUCUGGCAGUAAGAUUGACAUGCCUCUCAAGCCUAACAUGUCAGAGCCAGUUGUGAUGCUGUCUGGUUUUGAAAAAGUUGACCAUAUUACAUACUGUUCAGCCAUCCCCAUGUCGUCGGGACUCUCCCAGUUUUGCCUGAAAAUCCCUUAUCCCAACCAACAUGUCAAUCAGGAUAAGAAAAAUCCUGAUUUUCACAUUUCCUCUGAUAUUUUUCUUCUGAUGAUUUCAGACAGAAAUUGUCCUCUCAAAACACUAGAGUGGGAUUUCAGAGCAUCAACAUUUCAAAAUUUUACUGGGGAGCAUUCCCCCAGACCUCCCUGGGGGCCCCUGCCUUCAGCGAUUGCAUGAUUUAUUGGUGAUCAAAAACUAUCCUGAUUUCACAUCCUCACAUGGUUGGACUGUCUGAUAACAGGAACUCUGCUUUUGUUUUCUUUUUUCAAGUAUUUGAUUUCCAAAUGUCUCUUUUUCAAAUGGUGAAUAGAUGGUUUCUUUUCUUUGUAGACUUUUCUACCCUGAAAACAAUUUCAAAUCAGAUCUUGAGCGAGAAAGGCAAUUUGGUGCAACAUUCACCCAUACCCUCUAUUACCUUGCUCAAGUCAAUGCAGCCAUGGGACAGUCUGAAAAGGGUGCAAUGUAUUGCCAUACAACCCUGCUUCGUCAGUUGGAGACUGGACAGUAUGACCCAGUGGACUGGGCCCUAAAUUGUGCUACACUGUCACAGUAUUACAUCACACAAGGAAACUACAUGCUGUCCAGACACUGUCUUGGUAAGUGUAGACCGAUAUUGGUAGUAUUUAAUUGUUAACCUCACCUCUGAGGGGCAAGGGAGUCACAGUGGAGAGAGCACUCACCUCCCACCAAUGUGGCCUGCAUCCAAAUCGUGCUGUCAAGGUCACAGGUUGGUUGAGUUUAUUGUUGGUUCUCUCCUUUGUUCCGAAAGGUUUUUUUCUGGGUACUCCAGUUUUCCCCUCCUCAAAAACUAACUUUUCCAAAUUUCAGUUCGACUAGGAAUGGUAGAGGAAGAAACACUUUGUGGAUGUGCUAACUGUUAAUCUGUAUGCUUUGAAGUGCAAACCUGACAAAAGAGAGAAUUGAAGUUAAUGCAACAGUGAACACAAUCAAGGCAAUUUUGGGCCAAAAAAGAGGACGCUCUUCGAAACCUCCAAUUUGUGUCGGUGCUAGGGUCCAUUGUUCCUUUUGUUUGUUUAUUUUGUUCUUACCCCAUCCUGACAGCUGCUCAGAGAGCUUACAGGCGGCCGUUGAAAUUCUAACAUGGGUGAUCAUCACGUAGGCUGUUGAUGUCCCCAGCUCUUUGAUUAUGAUUAUCUUCUAAAAUUUGGUACACAGCGUGCGCCAGUCGCGUUUUUUCUGGAGCUGAAGAAACUACUCCUCACGAACCUGUAUCAGAGGAUGACAGCCAGGAAGAACGCGAGAGAAAAGAGCGGAUUCCUCAAAGGAAGGCGGACAUCUCCAGAUGUUGGAGUAAAUACUGUUUAGACCUGUUAAAAACUUCAAGGGACAAGUGUGUCCAGGAAGUGAGAAAUGGUGAUCAGGGCGAUGAUGAUACAAUCGCCGGACAAGGUUUGAUAACUGUGCAAUUGCUGUUUUUAUUUGCUUUUACAUUGGUUCUUAGGCCCGGUUCAGAAGCCUUACUUCGCGUUAGUUUAGUCGACUUCAAUUUACGAUGUUGACUCCUUAAUUGUUCAGACGCCGAUCUAAAUUCAAAAGGGGAAAAACGCGAAUUUCGGGAAAGUGCAUGGUAAAAAACUAUACAUUUGGUUCGGCUAAUGUGAAGUACGACUACUGAAGCAAUGGAACAACUCGGUGCAGCUGAUCACAAUACUGGAGCAUGUUCAAAGAAUCUUAGACCAUCCCCCUUUUUUUUCGUUUAGCGUCGAAUGCGUUUCCUGAUAUUGGGUCGGCCGGUCGGAUUGAAAAAAAAAAAAAAAAACUAGGAAAAAAAUCACAAGAAGUCUCGGAACAGGAGGCCCUGGUGCCCCAGGAUGACGUUAAAAGGUAACAUUCACAUAUCUGGAUCAACAAAAUGCACAGUAUACUGUAAAAAAUGUUCCUGUUCAUUUUAGUUCCUGUUUUUCCCUAUGCUGUUACUAUGCUCAAUUUUCAGAUUAAAACAGUUAUUUCAAGUGAAAAAUGGUUUAACUACGUCGUUACUUGUUUUUUUUUCAUGAAAAUGCCAAAAAUUUGGGUCGAUGGGACGACGCUAAACGGAGAAAAAAAAGAGGAUGGCCUUACAUGUAAUACCUUGACCAACAUUGAAUUGAAGCCUAUAGUUUUCAUUAGCGACGGUGUUUGAGCUAGGGACGGGCUUAACAAACUAGUGAAAAUCAAACCAACGGAAGCUUAAGGAGAGCUGCUUUCUAGUAUUAAAAUACUAGAUUUUUAGAGUCUGAAGCAGAAGCUUGAGAAUCGAUUUUCACAGGGCCAUCAUCGCGAUGGCAAGUGCGGGAAAAACCGAACGCGCCCGUCACCGUUGUUCUUGCUUUUACUUCUCAUUGGUUAAAAACGUAUCUGGGGAAUUUUCAACCACUUACAGAACUUCCCUGAAAAUUCUCGCUUUCAUCGUUCAAUCAUUCAGUUAGGCGCAAGCGAAUGACUUACACGAAAGCUUCGGUAAAACGGGCAGCAAAAACGUGCAACUUGUUUUGCAAUAAUUGCUGCAAAUCGAGUUGAAAAGUGACGUUGUGCGUUUUACCACCCACGUGGUAAAACGCAACAACCUGAUUUGUUGCACAACAUGUUUGAUGUGAGUGGUAAAACGCGCAACAUCUCCAGUCAACUCGUUUUGCAGCAGUGUUGCGACACAAGUUGCAUGUUUUUUCCUUUCCGUAGCUUCUAUGGUACUUGAAGGUGUUACAAAGCCCCGGCUAAACGAUCAAACAUUUUCGUUCAACAUGGUGUCGGAAGAGCAUGUUUUACCGUUUCGCCGCUUUUCUUAACAUUGUAUUUAAAUAGUUUUCGAUGUUUCAUCCAACAUUUUUGCUUAUCACAAACAAAUGUUUGAUUGUUUAGCCACCGCUUUUUGUGCAUGACAACUGCAGACGAUGUUCGGGGAAAAUGUUUGAUCUUUUUUUAAUAAUUAAAGGUUUACUUUUCUUUUUGGUUGGGAAGGUUCUGUCUGUUAUGAGAUCUUCAAACAUGCAAAUCCAACAGAGCGCCCAGGUUAAUAUCGUAUAAACGUGAAUGAAACAGUACUUCUGUACUUCGAUUUUUCACGUAUAAAAAAUGUUCUUCAUUCAGCUUACGUCUGACUCACGUUCCACAACCUCCAAAAUGAUCAGCUGAUGCGCCUUGUUGAGAUUUUUAGUCGCAACGAACUUAAAAAAUUAAUCCCCUCCGCAGCUGCAUCCCUGUCGUGUUCACUUAAUGUAGGCGUUGAUUUGUCAGAUGCUGCCGAAGAAGGAACCAGAAGAGAAGAGGACGAGGAAGGUGACAGGAAAGAGCCCUUAAGAUUUGAGUCCCUAGAAGUUACGUCCCUGGAGCAGUCAGUACCAGACCACCUGGUGAAAACGUAUGCUGAGGUAAAAUGAAGACGAGAUUUAAUAUUACCAUAAAGCGUAGUUUGUACAGAUCAAACCUACAUCUAUCUUCUGUUAAUCUGGUGUUAGGAUUUUAAUCUUUUGUUUGACUGCUUUAAUGAUCGCAAGUUCUACUACACCGAAAACCCAGAACGGCUUCGUCGACUAAGGACCUCUUCACAUGAGUUUUCGAGAUCCCGCCUUACCACUAAAUCCUUUGUAGAAUUUUCCGUGUGUUCACAUGAGAGGGCGGGCUGGCUCGGUUCCCGAGAUUUCGGUUUUUCCAGGCAGGAUCUCGGUAAGAGGGCUGGAAAUUUUGCCAUAUGAACACUUCAGCCCUGUUACCGUCACGAAAGCGAGAUGAAUUCGUAAAUCCGAAGGGCAUCGUUUUUAACUGCAGUAAUACAGCUAUUAGAGUUACCAAAGCUAUGAUAGGCGCGAAAGUUAUAACUUUGUGUUUCGCCAUGUUUGCUUUUUUCUUCACGGAAACAGGGCUGAAAUUUCUCAUUUUAUGAACCCAAGGCGAAAUUGGUUCCGGUAACCGGGCUCAUGUGAAAAGUUGAAGUUUUUUCCAUAUGAUUGCCACGAUCCCUGAAGAGAUUGUUUAAGGAAUGGAGCUAUUGUAGUGGUCUGGUAGAAAAACGGUAAAGUGAUCACAUCGUGCAAGCGGGGCGGGGCCUCUUUGCGCAAACCUCGCCUCUUGUAAUUAUGUCGGUAACUCCUUAUCAUUUGUUUAUUUAUUUAUUUAUUUAUUCAUUUUCCAGUCCAAAGCAAUUUCUUUAUGACCUCUAUUUUUUCUAUCUCAACGUUAUUGGCUGUCGUUAAUUAAAAAAGCCCAUUUCCGAUUUGCCUUAAGCCUCCUUACCAAAGUGACAGCUUGUGCUCAACUCCUCUUAGAAAAAUUAGUUUAAUUUGCGUGUGAAUGAAAACUAACUUCGAAUAAAAGUACGAGCAUCAGGGCUGUCUUUGCAAAAGAGGCUUAAAGUAUUUCGGGAAUGGCCUUUAAUUGAACCGAAAAUAGGGCCAAUUAUUCUUCAAUAAAAAAAAUACGUAAUACUAUUUCCAAAACACCUUGUGUUUCAUUCCCACCUCUUUUGUUAACAUUGAACUCUAUGCACAGUUCACACUGUUUGUGCGUGGGUAUUCUUUAUCUUUAAUGUUUUGGGAGUCGUUGUAAGUUUGCUUGAGGCUUGGUUGGUGGAGUUCUCACUGGCUUAAAAAUACAUUGUAAUGGCCAUUUCAUAUUAAUUUUUACUCCAUUUUUCUACAGGCUCGUAUGCUAUUCCUGGAGGGUCAAAAGUGGCUGAAUAUCUCCAAAGAAUUCUACAUCCUUGACGGUCACGUGACUAACCACGUGGAAAUCCUGCAAGACAUGAGCCAGUUGUACAAACUUCUGGCCUUCUUCGACGAAGACUACGAAAGGAGAUGCAAGAUGCACAAGCGGCGGGUGGACAUACUCAGUGAAGUACUUAUCGAGUUAAAUCCGCAGCACUAUCUCCUGGUUUGCAGACAGCUAAUGUUUGAAGUCGCCGAGGCUUACAGCGAUAUGGUGGAUUUGAAAAUCGCCAUUGCCGAAGAAUCGGGCGGACCUCCCGUAGCUCAUGCCGUCAAGAAAAUAAACACACUAAUAAAUAAAAGUAUUAAGUUUUUCCAGAGUUUUCUUGACUCACUGAAACGCAAUGGAAAGUUACCGGACACGUUUGAUGAAGACUCGGUGCGGCCAGCGCUUGUGGCGCAGUUCUACAUGGCAAGACUGUACUCAAAGUUGAUAUGUGCUGAUAGACAAGGCAAGGUCGAGAAUCUAAAGAAGAGUUUGGAUAUUUACAAGUAUUUGGUACAAUACUGUGAUACUCACCCUGAUCUACCAGAGGGAACGUUUAAAGAUGAACUUGAUGUGACCAGAGAGAUGGCCCAGCUAUUGCCCCUCAAGAUGGAUAAAAUCAUGAGAACAGAGCAAUGA